GUUCACUCUAUAGCUUCUUUCAUGAAUCGAAUAUAAAAGUAACACUAGAUGGAAAGCUUAAUUAGAUGAGCCAGAUAGCUAAGGGCAUGGAAUACUUACAUGACCAAAAAAAAGUCCAUCGGGAUCUUAAGUCUAAGAACAUUUUGCUUUGUAACAACUACCGUACGGUGAAAAUAUGUGAUUUUGGCACAAUUAAAGAACUCGCAACGGUUAAUACGGAAGGUAUUGGGACAUAUGCUUAUAUGGCUCCAGAAAUAUGCAAUGAAGGAGGGAGUUACACGGAAAGGUGUGAUGUUUUUAGCUUUGGCAUCGUUUUCUGGGAAGUAAUGUCUGGAGAGAAGCCCUUUUAUGACUCUCAGCACAUGCCAGCAAUUGCUCUACAAAGAAAAACAAAUGAUGGUAAAACUAUUAAUUCAAAAGUGCUGGGAUAAUGAGCCACUAAAUAGACCAACCAUGAGAAGAUUGGCCACCAUUCUUGGCAUUCAGCCUCGAGUUUAUAUCAACUAUCCACAUCUAUUGUUUGAAAUUGAUAGAUUGAGAGAUAUUUGUUAA